GGUGGUAGUAGUGAUGAUGAUAGUGGUGGUGGCGGCGGCGGCGGCAGUGAUACCAGGGAUGCUGGUGGUAGUGACGGUUUAAAUUUCAGCCGCGUGCUCGGGUUCACGUACGUGAGCCAUUACACGGGUCCACGGACUUUCUCGCCAACCGAGUAGGAUAUACGAGCGCCAGUCACUGUUCGCGGAUGCAAAUUUCGGUCCAGCUCCUCGAGGUGCUGUAUAAUUUCUUUUUUGUUGGUAGCGCGUUGGUACGCGCGAACCGAGCGGUCUCCGCUGCCACUUCUCUUCCGCCAGAGUUACCGCGUGCGUGCACGCGUGUCUCUUGUCCAUCGUAUGGAUUUCGAGUGCGUGCUUCGCCGAAAGGAUCCACGUCCACCCGACGUCCGUGCGUAUCUGUUUCGCGAACGCGACAGCGAAGAGAUUCGAUAGAGAUUCGGCACGAAAACGGGGAAUACGACGUCCUGGCCGAGUCGCGUUCGUUCCCAUGGCUCUCCGCACGAAUUCGCGAUUCGAUGCACGUUCGUACGCGAAUCGACGGGUCGAACAACCAGUUGCGAGGCAAUCGCGAAUUCACCACGAUGAAAAAAGAAUCGGCGAGAUCGACCGAUGUUUGUCUCCGUUCCGACCAAAGCCAGACGAAUGUUCGUGAAUCGUUUUACGGGAAAAAAUCCGCCUCCAAGUAUAAUACAUAUAUUCGCCUGCGCGCGAAGAUGGAACGAAACCAAUAUUUACGUCGCUAUGAUUUACGCUCGCGACGACUUUCCUCGAAUAUCACGAUCCACAAGAGAGAGCGGAACGAGACCGGCUCCGUAGAUGAGAAUCGUACCUCGUAGGCAUUUCAUCGAACAAAGGUUGAACGUUGAUCGUCUGCGAAAUCGUAAUUCAACGGUUUUCUCCAAGCUCGCGCGGUUUCAACGUUUACUUACGCGAGUCUUCUCGCGUAGCAAAAUGCCCGCAGGUGAUAACUCGUUGGAAAAAGAGUACAUUUAUAUUACGACGUCGAACCGUUUCUCCUUUCUUCCCAUUUCUCUGAACGGUCUGACAUUAAACUUCCACGCCGCCGGUAGUUCGUAAGAGUUGGAUUAAACGUAACAUCAUGAUCGAUUACGCGACGCGGCGGACACAAUCAUCGACUGCUCCACGCUGUCUGCUUCCUCGAAGACCAGGAUAGAAAGAGGUAAAACAGAGACUAUCUUUUUAUCGGAGAGGCCAAGUGGCUGGCGGUAUACGAACAAGCGUAUUGUUCGAAAGCUUGUUACAUUAGACGAAAGCAGAGCGUAGUAUCGAUAGCGGCGUUUUCUCUUUCUCCCUGGUACGAAACCCUUGGGUGGCGGCGAGCAAUCGUAAAUACGUUGUAAACAUUACCGGUUCUCCGAUAUCGGAACUCGGUUUGAUGGUGCAGUUCUUCCGCGAGAAAGAAAAAAGAUACGGACGAGCAUGUACAGACGGCCGUGUAUACGCGUAUGCAUACUAUACGCGCAUAUACAUCGAGCAAGUUUGCAUUAUGGAAAUCCACGGACUUUACGACUUUUCGAAGAUAUCGCGUACAUUUCCUUAUCUCGGUUUAAGGCUCUCCGGCAAACGUUUAUCUCCGUGGCGUAAAGAGGAUAGAUAGACUCCGCAAAAUCGGCAAUGAUCUCGUUCCGCAGUGAGAUAUAGCUGGUAGCCUCCUCCAUUUUCCAUCCCGUGAAAUAUUUAUAUUCACGGAGAGCAAGGUCGAGGAAGAGAGAAUUUUUCCAUGGAAACGCGGACGAUUGUUCGACUCGUGGUCAGAACAGACAGCAGCAGAUUCUCUGGGUAUUUCGUGAAUUGGAUCCGCGGCCUUGCGCGUGUUCCCGGUGUCGUUCGAUCGCGCGGGAAUGAAUAUCGGUAACCGUGGGACAGAGGGACGAGCACAGAGGGUCGAUGGUUUCCCGUCGUACUCUACCCUUUCUCGUUGAAUAGAAAUGCCAAACUACGCGCUUUUUUAUUUUUUUAUUUUUGUUCUGGCGUCGGGCGUUGUGUCGGAACGAACCAUCGGGGAGAACGAUUCGGGGGAGGGCUAGGGGUGAGAAAAAUAUGGCCCGGGUGCUACGUCGAUCCAACUUGCCCAUUUAUUUUUUUUUUUUUUUCUUUCUUUCUUUUUCCGGCACUCGAGAAUCAUCGACCGUUCCGAAUAUCGGUCACUGUAAAUGAGAUUCGUAGAAACGAAAACGCAACCGCGCCAGGAUCGAACACCGGUCCGACCGGCGCUUUCUUCCUUCGCUUGGCGCGUCUAGCGAGAGACUCUUCACAGCGUGAAAGCAAACCGAAUCACGACGAAAGAAAAACGGGGAAACACCGCGAAAGAGAGAGGGACAAAGAGAGCGUGGAGAAGAGGGUGGCAAGUGCCGGAUUAACUAGCUUGUUUAAAUGUUUAGAUUGCCAGGUGGCAAAACUCUUCUUCUCCGUUCCGAUGCAAUUCGAAUCGAUCGACCGCUAAAAAUCCGCUCGCGUUCGAGGUUAUCGUCGUCAAGGGGAAGCUCCGAGCUUUUUCAACGGAUUUAAAUGCUCGACGGGUCCCAGAAGCAAAUAAACCAGCGAAAAAUCAAAACAAGCUCUUCGAGCGGUAGAAUAAGAGCUCCGGUUUAUAAUUUCAGCAUCGUGUACUCAAAACCUUUUCACACGAAGAUACAUCACUACCAAUUGAGAAAUAAAAGUCGCAAAACAUCGUCGGACGCGAGCGGAUUCCUCUCCGGAAGAUGAAAUUCCAGUCGCGAUCGUGUCGUCUCUACACGAAGAAACACGCGGACGUGACCGUCCUGACGACGAUGAAUUAGACGGUUCGGCGAACACGAACAUCACGAAACGAACGGAUUCGCCGGCGCAGGAAAAGGAAACGAAGAGUGUACGUGCACGAUGCCAGCCAGAACGACGUCAAAGGGUAGAACGCAGCCAGAAGCGAGCGGAACGUGGUCGAACCGAUACUCGCAACAACACCGUUCGAUUUUACACUUUUAUACGAAACGAGCUACGCCGAUCACCGUUUCCGUGUUGUUUCGGCCUGACGGUUGUGCCUUUUGAUUCGUAUACGAAAAUAGAGGCGAGUGACCGGUGAACGUUGACUAAAGCGCGCGACCAUUGCCAACAAACGGAACGUCGCCGCUUGCCUCGUCGACGUCGACAUCGGCGAAUCAACGUUGACGCGAGAACGAUACGGGAAACGGUGGUGAUUCGAGCGGCGUGACUGCGCGUGACGAUCGACGCUCCCAAAUGGAUGGAAAGAGUACGGCCGAGUCUUAACCGGCCUGUAAAUAGUCUGUCGUAAUUCUCGUCACGCGGCUUCGAUAUCCCUUAAGUGGCGAUAUCCCCGGUCGGGUUGUUUCGCAAGCGUACGCAGACUUUCUUUCCUUUUCGCGAGCGAAACGAACCGGAGGAAAUAGUGCAGUCUCCAGAUUCCAAUCGAGAAAAAACGAGAAAGCAGGAAAGGAGAAAGGAUAUAAAAGGAAACGUCCAGGAAGGAGCCUAAUGUUUCUCAACGACAUGGAGCUGCUAAUGUUCUUAGCAGUAACGGCCUCUCUUUUGGGUUAUUGCCAAACAGAUGAAAAAGUGUCGUUUUAUGGUGCGAGCUACAUUCAUCUUCCGGUACAAGAAGCUAAGGGUGCGACUGACAUCAGCUUCCGGUUUCGAACUCAUCUCGCGGACGCUAUGCUGCUAUUGGCCGCUGGCAAGACGGAUUACUGCCUGAUCAAACUCGAAGCCGGCAGAUUGAAGGUUCACAUAAAUUUAGGCGCAGGUGAAAGCGAGAUGGCCAGUGCUCGUGGAUUGACAUUGAACGAUCUGAGCUGGCACGAGGUAAACCUGACGAGACGAGAAGCGAAUAUCACGCUACAGAUUGACGUGAUACACACGACCAAGUCCCUUCUACCAGGACGUUUCUUCGAACUGAAUAUACACUACGGAGUCUUCAUCGGGGGACAGGGUGACUUUAACGAGCUAUUUCUAGGGCACACGGAUUACUUGAGAGGCUGUAUGGCUGACAUAAUCUACAAUGGCGCCAGGGUAAUAGAAUACGCCAAGUCGAGAAAAGGCCAGUCGGAGGCGACUGCCGUUGCGUGGAGCUGUUCACCGGAAUUCGACGCUACAAGAAGCACGGAAGUUAGUUUCGUGGAGGAUGGUGCGUUCACAGCGAUCCCAAGACCUAUUCCACGCUCGGGCUCCAAAUGGGAAUUCGAGUUGAAGACCGGCGCGGAGAGUGGCCUGCUGCUCUACAACACUGGGCAAUCGUCGUACGCCGAUUACCUCGGGAUCGAGUUGUUCGAGGGUAAAAUUCGACUUCUGAUGAACAAAGGGAACGGGCCGACCGAGUUGAUACACGGCACGCCGGUGGCGGACGGCAAGUGGCAUCGGGUGGCCGUUGACUUCAAUCCGAGCGGAAUCGGGAUCACGGUCGACCGUCAAGAAAAAACGAUCACUCUACCCUCCGGUGGAAAUCGCUACCUCGAUCUGGCCGACACCCUCUACAUAGGCGGCACAGAGCUGAAUAAACGCGCCAGAGCGCUCGGCAAAGGCCUAAAGUCCGGUGACGUGAGCUACAAUGGUUGCCUGCGAAAUAUGCUGCUGGAUAACAAGGAGCUCGGUCUGCCGGACGUUAAGAUCAGCCAGGGUAUCGUCGUUGGCUGCGUUUGGGGAUAUCCCUGUAUCGAUUCGGAUCCCUGUGUUUCCGAAGCAGUUUGCUCGCAACUAGGCGUCAGCUCUUUUAAGUGCGACUGCGAUCAACCACUGUGCAUCAGAGCAAACUACGCCGAGGAUCACAAGGUUCACUCGAGGGUAAAUUUGCCCGUGAAUUUGGAGAUACUCUCGCUAAGGCCCUUGGUACUAUCCGAAGGGGAACACGCGCUGCUGACGAGCGAUAACAUUGCCAUGGUACUAGACAUUGCUAAAUAUGGGAUGGAAGAGGACGGUGUUAUCUUCAACUUGGUAACCCCGCCCACGUACGGUACCUUGGCCCUGGAUCUUUUAACGACCAGAACCGCGCAUUCCUUCACUCUUCAAGACGUUAAUCGAGAUAAGGUACAAUACAUGCACGAUGGCAGUGAAACCACAGAGGACAGUAUGAUCCUGGAUGUGAGAUUAGUGGCAGGAGCUGGUUACACGUUGCCAGGCUACCUGCGAGGGCGACUUAGGUUUCCACUUCACGUCAACGUUACACCCGUUAAUGAUCCGCCGUUGCUCGAAAUAUCGACCGCGAAAGUGCUACGACUCGCUCAAGGCACGAGGAAAAUCUUGACGAAAGAAUUUAUUUGGGCGAUCGAUGCUGACACGCCGUCAGACAUGUUGGUUUACACGGUCUUACGUACCGACGCGGAUGCUGGCUAUGUGGAAAGAGUGACUUACCCGUCGCGACCAAUCGACACGUUUACCCAGGCUGAAUUAAUGCAAGGAUUAAUCGCAUACGUACACCGUGGAAACGCGAAACCAAACGCGAAGCUGGAUCUUCGAGUGAGCGACGGGAUAGAAAGCAGCCAGCCGGCGAGUUUAAGGGUGGCAGCUCAUCCCUUGGAAAUCAAGUUGAUGCAGAAUACCGGGCUGGUCGUGGUGCAUCGGUCUUACUCGUACCUCACAUCAGCGAAUCUCUCCUUCGUCACCAAUUCCGACGACAACACUAUCGAUAUACGUUACGAUAUCGUCUCGCAGCCGCAAUUUGGAACGAUUCAGAAGCUGAAGGACGUCUCGAGUAGUUGGAUGAACGUCGACCGUUUCACCAGCAGGGAUAUCGAGCUACACACGAUACGGUAUCUUCACAACGAGGGCAGCCCGAAUCAAGACGAGUUUAAGUUUCAAGCGAGCGUUAGAGAGGUAACGGCGCAGCACACCUACGACUUUCGAAUCACAUUCAUCGAUCUCGAAUUGAAAGAAACGAAGAGGGUGCCGAUUAACUUCACCAACGUAGCGGAGGUGUCGGUCACCGGGCAAAAUCUGAAGUUCCAAACGAAUCCAUUGACAACCACGCUUAACAAGAUCGCGUUCACCGUGACAACGGGACCAAGGUACGGUAAUCUGUUCCUUUCGAGUCGAAAGCUAGAAACCGGAGAUACGUUCACCCAAGAGGACAUCGACUCCGGUAAAUUGAAAUAUCGAUUGUUCAAGAGAGCCUAUUCCACCAUUCUCGAUGAAUUCGCCUUCAAAGUGAGCGCCCCACAGUGCAUCGAUUUGCACUCGAUCUUGAAGUUUAGGCACUACCUCAGCAAGAACGUGAAACCUUUGGACAGCCUGGAAACUCUGAGGGUGGACGAAGGCUCUAGAGUACCUCUAAGAAUACUGCGAACGAAUCCAAGGGAUUACGGAGUUACGUCGCUGAUAUACAACUUGACGAUAGUUCCGCAUCACGGUUGGUUGACCGUCACGAACAGCUCCAAGUCUCACUCGCGGAACAACACCUUCUAUUUUACUUCCGAGGAACUUUCAUCCCAAAAAGUCUACUACGUGCACGAUGACUCAGAGACCAGAGAAGACUCGUUCCAGUUCGUCGCUAUCGCCUCGGACGCGGUGGAUUUUAUGUACGUGGGCUUGUUCCGCGUCGAAAUCACAAUGAAGAACGACAACGCUCCGGAGCGAGUGGUUCACAAGGUGUUUCACGUGGUGUCGAAGGGCGAAAGGCUGUUGACGAACAAAGAUCUCGCGUAUAUAGACAAGGACAUCGACACGAAGCCUAACGAGCUGAUUUACACGAGAAGAGACACCCAGAAGAAUGGAAUAUACAGGGUGACCAAUCCCACGUCGCAGGUACAUGAAUUCAGUCAGCAAGACAUCGACGACAAUCAGAUACUGUUUAAACAUCAGGGCGAUGAUCACGGAAAGUUCGAAUUUGGUGUUACCGAUGGGCAUUUUUACACGGCCGGAGUCCUUGAAAUUCAAGCCAGUCCUCCUUACGUCAGGUUGAGAGAGAGCAAUGGGUCCGUCGUACAAUUUAAUCGAUCGGUUGCCCUCCGACCCAACGAGUUGGAUGUUGAAACGAACGUGUACACCUCCGACAAGGAUAUCAAGUACACGGUGUUGGAGAAACCAAAACACGGGGUGCUGUUGAAACACGGUAGAGAAACAAACUCGUUCAACAAAGAGAAUCUGCGUUAUGGUAUAGUCUUGUACAAACAUCUCGGCGGAUCUUUGGCAAAGGACGGUUUUAAGUUCAAAGUGUCGACGAAGGGAGCAGAGGCAGAGGGAAUAUUUCUAAUUAAGAUUUAUCCCGAAAGCUAUUGGCAACCGUUGAUCGUGCAGAACAAUAAAACUGUGUUCGUGGAAGAGGCCACUAGUAUCUUGUUAAGCAAAAAGAGCCUGGAAAUUAUGCAUCCCAAGAUAGCGGAUUCUGAAAUAGUUUAUUAUUUGAAGGAAUGGCCACAGAACGGGUAUCUGGAGCUACAGAUUCACGACGAGCACAGCGACGAGACACGAGAAGAUUAUAUCGGAAACGCGGUGAAGUUUUUCGAUCAAAGUAUGAUAAACGAGGGUCGCGUGUUCUACGUACAAUCCGUGAUGAAUCAAACGAACGACAAAUUUGUCGUCGAUGUAACGAACGGAAUAACUUGGCUGCGCGAUCUAAGCGUGAACUUCGUGAUCGUCCCGGAGAAGCUGUACGUCGAAACGAAGGGUGUCGUCGUGAUCGAGGGAAAGAGCACCAUUCUCGAUGAAACGAACUUCUCCAUCCUCACCCCUUACUAUUCCGGCAAAGUGACGGACUAUCGAAUUCUAGAAAAACCGAAACAUGGCGUGAUUCUGGAAUCAACCAAGAAUUCUCAGGUGAAAAAAUUCUCGCAGAAACACCUAACCGGAGGAAUAAUAUUAUACAAACACAACGGCGAUGAAUCUUCCAGAGAUUCGUUCAAGAUGGUACUCGUUGCCGGUGAUAAAACCAGCGAACCCUUCGACGUGUGGGUUACGGUGCAACCCGUUAACGACGAAGUGCCCGUGCUCGUCAACAGAACUAAAUUAACAGUUUGGCAAGGUGGUUCGAUCGCGUUAACGCCUGAUAAAUUAGCCGCUGUUGAUAACGAUACCACGGCACGUGACAUAACGUUCAACAUAAGCGGAGUCAGGAACGGAUUAAUCUCGUUAAAAUCCUCUCCGGAGCUGGAUCUUUACAAUUUCACGCAGCAACAGAUCGAUGAGUCGAAAAUCAUUUUUACCCAUACGAAUGGAUCCGACGCUGAGUUCAAUUUCGUGCUGUACGACGGAGUACACACCACGGAAUCUUAUACGAUACUGAUAGCAACUAAACCGGUUCGACUGGCUAUCGAGCAGAACGCCGCACUCAAUGUUUUUCCAUUGACCAGAAAAAUGUUAUCGAACAAACUACUGUUGACGAAAUGCUCGGAUGAAACGCGAGAAAUAAAAUACACGGUGCGAAAUGGACCGCAUCUCGGCAAGAUUAUCAUGGAAACGAGCGAGGGCGCGUGGUUGAACGUUGAGCGGUUCACGCAAAGAGACAUCAACAACAGCAAAGUUUUCUACGAACAUACUAAACAAUUCAUGGACUUGACCGCCAAUGAUUCGUUUACGUUCGACGUGGAAGCACACUUCGCGGAAUCCUUAACUAAUCAGAUGUUUCAAAUAGAUAUUUCAGUCUCCAGUGGCGGAUUAGACAGAUACGUAUCCGUGAAGAACGUGAGAGUGGAAGAAGGUGGUUCGGCUCAAGUCAUCAUGAACAUCAGCGGAAUCGUGUCGUUUCUUCAAACUCACGCUGGUAUCGAGAAUCCGGCGGUGCUCUCGAGACUGGUCAGUCAACCUAGCCACGGCCACGUGAUGAUUCUUCCAGAUUUAAAUGUCACCACUUUCUCCCAGCCACAAAUCGAAGGUGGAAAAAUCGCUUAUUAUCACGAUCAUUCGGAUACGUUGGAAGAUCGCAUCAAUUUUUCUCUUUACCUGACCCCUGGUCACAUACUGCUGUGCAACACCAGCAUUCCGGUAAUAAUCGAACCGGUAAACGACGAACCGUUCAAAUUGAUCACGAACGCGCCAUCCAUUACAGUGGUGCAAAAUCAAAAUCAAACGAUAACUAGGGAGAACUUGUUGACGACCGAUCCAGACACUCCGCCAGAGGAAAUCGCAUACGACGUGAUAUCUAGGCCAACGUACGGUCGUCUGUUGCUUCUACCAUUCAACGAAAAUAUUUCGGAAGUUCGUCAAGUGAACAAAUUCACUCAGCACGAUGUCGACUCCAAUCGACUGGUAUACGAGCACAAUGGUCCGCUUCAAGCAGCUUCCUUUUACUUCAGGGUGUGGGAUGGACGUUUCAAUCCAACGUAUACGGUGUUCAACGUGUACGUUUUACCCAUCAAACUGAACGUUACCGUUCCCGGUCCUGUGAACCUGCAACAAGGCUCGAACGUAGCUCUAAUUUCCGAGAGCAACGUAAAGCUCGAUACUAACGCGAGACAAGACUUGGUCAUUUACGAAGUAACGGCGAUUCCAAAGUACGGGGUGUUGUACGUACGCGACGGUGCGGCGGCCAGCUUUAAGCAAACAGACUUGCUGUCGAAAAGCGUCAUGUUCAUGCAAACGGACAUGACCGUAUCGAACGAUAGUCUCGAAUUAACCGCACGACUGAGCGGAUUUGAACAGAAACGCAUAAGAAUUGAAAUAAAGAUAGUACCCUUGAUGAUUAUGAACCCUAUGAUCGCUCUGGCAGGCGAAAAGACCAGGAUAACGUUGCAAUAUAUGGACGCCACACCGUUGGCGAAGUUAACGAGCAGUAAUCCCAUAUAUACCAUCGUGAAGAAGCCGAAAUUUGGUAAGAUAAAGAGAAUCAUCAGAAGUUCUUCGUCUUCCGGCGAGAAACGUGGAACUCGAGAAAAAGAAGUGACGAAAUUCUCACACCAGGAAGUGAUGUCAGGUGUGAUUUACAUGGUUUGUAGAAAAAUUCCAACGAUGGAGUACGAGGGAGUAAUCGAUAGCUUCGUGUUCAUCUUAGCGGCCUCUAUCUUUCAACCAGCCGUAGGUGAGUUCGAGUUUCGCGUGAAACUCGACAUGGACGACUAUAAUAUGACGCUGGGUGGCCCGAUGGAUCCGGUGGGUCACGAAGGUGAAAUGGCGAUCGCACCCAAUAUGAGCAACGACUACCUGUUAAUCCUAGGAAUGCUUCUUGGCGUAUUUUUGCUCGGUGUAGUGGUGAUCAUUACCAUCAGGUGUAGGCAUAACAAAUACAAACAUGCCGAAGAAGAAAAACCAGAACCAACUCCAGCGGUGGGUGUAAUGCCCCUUCCAAGACCUCCGGAUCAUUUAAUGCCUGUGACACCUCAUGUGAAGCGUUACGCCAACGAUCACAAUAGCGUUGCAGCCAGUACACCGUUACCGGUUCUACCGACGAUGACGUCCACCCUACCUCAAUGCAAGGUGAUACCUUUAAGUCCAUUGGAAAGUAUCACAGGAUCCGAAGUGGACGUUUCAGCGAAAUAUCCGUACGGUGUCGCGGAUGGGGACGAAUGGAGCAGCUUCGACACGUCCGAUCUACCUUGUCAAUCGGCCACCACGCAGAGGACCAACAACCCCUUGUUAAGAAGAAAUCAAUAUUGGGUCUAGCAAAAGGAGGGCUGUUCGCGAUUAAAGCGAAACAGGCCGUAACACUUUCUCAAACCUGAAGACUGUUUUUGUUACAAAACCUUGAGACUAAUCGUCGAUUAACUAUGGUCUUAAUGUGCCUAAAGAUAAUAAUUGACUCUGCGAGAUGGGAGUAUUAGCGAAAGCCUCGAUUUUAUACCAAAACCUUGACGGAAACUCUUUUCCCAACACGCUCAUGCGUAAUCGAAGCGUCGAUAAGAACAUGUACUCGAUUACGUUGCUAUCAGUUAACGGUUAUUCAUACUCCGUAAAUACUAAAAUUGUAAGUACAUUGUCGUUAACAAUAUGUCGAGCAUCAGAGUUUCCAUCAACUUUUUCGUUUUCUUUUUUACAUCAUAGUCUCCAACAAGAACGCUAAGUAUACAUAUAAUCGAAUACCUAGUGAAAGAAUACCUUUUUGCGUGGUCUGCACGUAAAAUGUUUUGCGAUGUAUCUUGUUAGUACUGCAAAAAAGUCCUUGCGAUUCCGGGUAAGGUGAAUUCGUUAAAUCUAAAAGAACCCAAGACUAUCAUCGCUAUUAUGGAUCGAAUGUGCCUAAGAUAUUAUCGAUUCUUGUAAGAAUUUUUCCACGAGGCCUGCACGAUGUCGAUUUCGCUGUCUUUCCCCGGUUGGAUGUCCAGGUUCAAAACGAUGCUCUUUAAUUCAAUCGAGAUCGUUUUCGAAACUCGUCUGCUCUCAGCCAAAUCUACGUCACUCGGGAUACUUCUCCUUCGAUGCUUCAUGGUGACACUUGUCUUCGUCGAUACAAAAUUAUUGUUUCUCUGUGAAAACUAAAAAGAAAACCGUCACUGUUACAUACACUCAAUAAAAUAUCGAGGGUAAAUGUCACGGAAAUAUUAACUCGAGAACACCGGGAGUACUUAGAGGUAUUAUCAGACGCGAAACAUUAUACAUAUGUAUUUACUUGAAAAAGUUUUGUAAAGAAAAAGACUACAAAACCGACUGCGUAUUUCCGAUUUAUAUACACAUAUGACGAAUAUAUAAAAAUAUUCGCGACUUUUCUAAAAAAAUAUGCACAUUCAAAGCAUGCAGUACAACCAGAAACACUCGAGUUUUCGCACAUAUCUUUUUACACGAUUCCCGCGAUUUCUACUAUUCCACAUCGUACAACGUCGAAUUUUUUAAUUGUCAUUAUAUCACUUGAGGUCGCUCCCGUUUCUUUCCGAUACACCAUCUUACCUUUCGAGCAAAAUCUUCCCAUAUAUGUACAUAUAGAAACAAAAAGAUUUGCAAUUUCUAUUGCCAAAUUGAAAUUCGGCAACAAAAGAUAACUCGAAAAAUAUGUAUAAAAAAUCUUUUUCUAUCCCUACAAAAAUAAUUAUAUCAUUUUCUUUAUACCUACCAAGAUUUAUCUCGUCGACGUCGUGAAGGUUAAGUUCAUUGAAACUUGUCGAUCGAACAUGAAUCCUCUUAUGUGAAUACUCUAUGACGUUGAAAAAUUUAUCGUGAAUCAAUUUUCCAACAGCAACGACAAAUUUUAUUGUACCGUAUUCGUAAAUUAUCGACCGGCGUACAGAACGCACAACAAUGAGAGAUACACACAUUUUCUUCAGUAUUAUAAUAAAUUAAUAUAUCGCUCGAUCAAUCGAUAUCAACUUGUUGAUUCGCGCGCUCGCCGAUUUUUCGACAGAUAUUUAAACGUUAUGUCUCUUAGGGCUGCGCAAACUCACAGUGACCUUAACCACGAUUUCUAUAAAAACCCUAGGAAACGUAUGAUUAAGAAAAUGCUCUAACGUCGAUGUUAAUAUAGUGAUAAUGAUAAUAAUAACGAUAAUUAUUAUUAUUAUUAUAUAUAAAUAUAUGAAAUAUAUACACUCCUAAAUAGAAGACACUGUUUCACAAAUUCGCAGCAUAUGCAUUAAUAUGAUAGUUCCAAUCGUGUGGCAAAGAGAGAUAAGAAAACGUUUUUAACAGAGAUACGUGUGUUGAUUAAUGAAUAUGCUAGAAACGAACAGUUAGGCUUUUUUACAUCCCCAAAAUGAAUCGAUCCGAGUGCCAAACUUCUAUAUUAUGUAAUAUAUAGUUAUAUAGGACUGUAUUUUCCCUGCCGACUGAAUGCAUUACUCUUGUAAUUCAAAUAAACUGAAUGUGCGAUGUUAUAUAAAAUGAA